CACAUUUCGCUGCUUGGUUCACUGACUGUUUCUGGUUUGGUCUCAUUUUGCUUGCUGUCAGUCAAGGAAGAAGUGAAUUUAUUAUUUUUAGUAAUAUUAGGCUAGCCACAAUGAGGUUUCUCGCCGUAUUCCUCAUCCUCCUCCUGUCCUUCCAAGGCACAUUAUACCAGAACAGCCGAUCCCUAGCGUUCGCACAGGAUGCAGGGGACGAUGGUGAUGACGUGGAUGCCGCCGAUCCUAUUGGAACUGAUGACGAUGGUGAAGGUGGUGUAGAGGAUGGAGAUGAUCCACAGGCAGCUUCAGAAAUGCCUGGUGAUGAUGCAGUAGCUGCUGGCGAAGAGGAGGAAGAGACCGAUACUAUCAAGGCUUCUCCCGAUACUGACACCGCUUUCAUCUUCCCAGACCAUGAAUCCAAGGACUUGCCUGUGGGUAAGGAGAUCCGUUGUUUGAUUGGUUUCACCAAUACUGGAGAGAUGGACUUCAUCAUUGACCAUAUCGAGGCUUCUUUCCAUUAUCCUCAGGACUACAGCUACAUCAUCCAGAAUUUCACUGCUCAGCGCUAUGAGGCAAUCGUGAAGCCCUCCACUCAGCAGUCUUUUGCAUACUCAUUCUUUGCCCACGAGUUCUUUGCCAACCGCCCAUUCGCCACAACCGUCAAUGUUCACUAUCAUGACGAGAAUGGCACAAUGUUCCGCGAUGCUGUCUUCAACGAGACCAUCAACACAUAUGAAAUUGAAGAGGGCUUCGACGGAGAGACGUUCUUCAUGUAUGUCCUUCUCGGUGCCAUUGUUGUCCUCGGAGCUGCUCUGGCUGUCUACUAUUACGCAGGAAGCUCAUCUAAGAAGCGUGCACCAGCACAGGCUAUGGAGAUGGGUACUCGCGGUGAUGAUGACAUUGACUACGACUGGAUUCCUUCCCAGAAUAUUGCUGUGCAUAAGGCAUCUGCAUCACCAAGGAAGUCACCCAGACAACGGGCUCCACGGAAAGAAGAAUGAACAGAUAUCCAGAUUAGAACUCAUUUUAGACGAUUUUGUUUUCUUCAUUAUGACUGGGUUGUACCCAUGUCCGCUCCCGCCUCCUUCAUGCUGAUGAUACUCUACUGAGCUGAUGUCCUCCUCUCUGUACAAUACUCUUCCCUGCUCGGUCCCCGAUUUGAUGAAUCAGCAUGACAUACGUGACUCAUUUAAUUUUUUUCUUACGCAUAGGCCACUCAGUACAGGUUUGGUGCGUGUCUGCUAUUUGUAUAUUAUUAUUAACGCUUUGUGCUUGUCCCUGUGUUUGUAUGUGCGGCCGGCUCGUUGACUUCCUGUUCAUGACAACAUCUAUUCAAUAAAUCUAUGCCCGGGUGUGGCAAGAUCAUAA